AUGAAGCUCAAUUCUGUUAUUGUUUCUUCAUUUAUAGCAGCCUCUGUGCUUGCUCAAAAUACUGUCACAUUAGACUUGACUUUAGAUGCUACUUCUACCAGAUUAUCCAAACCUGUCGCUACUUCAACUGACAGCGGAUACUCUGCUACCAGCUCUACUUCUGUCCCAAGUGAUGAAGUGAGUUCCAGAGAUACAGUAACCGGCAGUGUUACUUCAGUUCCUUCAAGCACAGCUUCAUCAGACUCGACUUCAACGGAUACUGUUCCAUCAAGUUCAGAAACAUCAGAAUUGGAGACAUCAAGCUCGAUAAGCUCGCCAUACUAUGGUAACACAACUCUAACCGACUCUAUUCCAACUUCUGAUUUCGGAUCUGAGGUAACUUCAAGUAUAGUUCCUACCUCAGAAGUCGAUUUAACGUCUAUUGGAGAAACUUCUACCUCGUCCGGUGCUCUUUCAAGUGAAUCAUCUAUCCUAUCCACCUCUUCUGAUGGUACUUCAGAGGGUAAUUCCGCUCCAUCUUCCAUACAAUCGUCUACCUCUUCUUCUUCUGAAGUUACUUCUACUCCAUCCUCCACAGAGUCAUCUACUUCUUCUAUCUCUUCUGAAGAAACCUUGGUCUCAUCCGCUACAGAGUCAUCUACUUCGUCCACCUCUUCUGAAUAUACUUCUACCCCAUCAUCUACAGAGUCAUCUACUUCUUCCAUCUCUUCUGAAGAAACUGUGGUCUCAUCCGCUACAGAGUCAUCUACUUCGUCCACCUCUUCUGAAGUUGCUUCUACCCCAUCAUCUACAGAGUCAUCAACCUCUUCGACAACUCCUACUUCUACUUUGGCCAGCACAACAGCAGAUUCUGCAGCUACCACAACCGCCGAGGCUAUUUCUGAUGCCGAUCGCGAGAGUGUUUUGAACGCCCAUAAUGAAUACAGAGCUAGACACCAAUCCACCAAUCCAUUAGUUUGGAAUGAGGAAUUAGCCGCAUAUGCUUACGAUUACACUCAAACAUUGUUCGGUAGCGACAACGAUCCAUGUAACUAUAAGCUACAACACUCUGGUGGUCCGUAUGGUGAAAACUUGGCUGCUGGUACUAACUCCGAUCCAGCUGCCUUAGUUGGCUUGUGGUACGAUGAAAUCAACUACUAUGACUACAACAAUGUCACUGGUAUCUCUCAUAACGGUCAUGAUGUUGGUCACUUCACUCAAUUGGUUUGGGCUGCUAGUACUGACGUCGGAUGUUCUGUAACAAAAUGUUCUUCCGGAUCCGUCUACUUGAUCUGUGAAUACUCUCCAGCCGGUAAUGUUAAGGUUGUUGGUGGCAAUGACGCUUAUGUGUUGUAUAAGCAAAACGUCAAGCCGUUAUUGGAGAGCAAUUAG